AUGAAUCCCAUUUCGGAGGAACCUAAGAAAAGUCCUUCUACUGAUGAAUUUUUGACACCAGUCAACAAGGAGAGGGUCCAGCAGCUGGAGACAGUCUUGGGCGAGGUCCUCAAGGAGCCAGAAGGUGCACCCCAAAAGGAGGAGGCUGCUGUUCAAGAGACGGAGGACACCGACCAGAAAGAUGACUCCGGCGAGCAGCUCAACAAAUUCUGGAUUGCCAUCAGCGGUUACCCUUUUGAACGGGCUUAUCUGGUCUAUCGGUUCUUCAACGACAUCGGCAAGAUCCAUCUGAAAGGUUUCACCCAGACGAACGUCAUGUAUCUGAAGUACCACACCACCGUGGACUGUCAGAUUGCCUUGAGCUACGAUGGCCAGAAGAUUGGCUAUGGCGGGGAGAUCCGCGUCAGCGUAAAGCCCGAGAAUCCCAUGGCCUUGAAGGCCUUUCUUGGGGCCAUAGAACAGAUGGACGAGGUGACUGUCGCCACUGAUGCUGGCCCACCUAUGGCCGAUACUGUGACUCGAACGGACCUGCCGGCUUCGUUUUUCAUCGAUAUGGAGGCUACCAUUCAGAAAAAGGAGACCCCAAAUAAGAAGGAAGAGACGGACCAGAAGGAGGAGCAGAAGCUGGAGCUGUCGUUGGAGCCGGAGGAGGUCAAGGUUGAGCCUCCUGUGGACGUGGUUCUACCCAAAAAGUACGGCUUCUUUCAAUGGCUUAAAGAGAAGAUAUCCCACAUGUUUUUCUUCUAUUAAAUUUGAUUACUUUUUCGUUGAUUUCUGAUGUUUAAAAUUUGCCUGCUUUGUCGUUGAUUCUCUGUAACGAAUAAAUUGGAUAAAUAUAUCCAUGAA